AUGUCUUCCGCACUAUCCUUCCGUCAGAUUCUGGGUGCUCCGUCAACCUCCGCAACCACUCGUGAUAGCGCACUCAUUAUCAUUGAUGUUCAGAAUGAGUACGCAGUUGGAAAAUUGAAAGUCAGUGACGUGGAAGUCUCUCGAAAAGCCAUAGCCGCAUUGCUCCAGAGAUACCGCGACGAUUCCGGCGAAAUCAUCCACAUUGUGCACGACACCCCAAACGGGGCGCCUGUGUUCACUCCUGGAACUGAACUUGCAGAGGAAUUUCCCGAGGUACGCCCCAAGAGUGGCGAGAAGGUGAUUCACAAGCUUCAUCCCAGCUCCUUUGCGGGCACCGAUUUGCAAAAACAUCUGGAGGCCACCGGCUUCAAGAAAAUCGUCCUCGUGGGAUAUAUGGCCCAUGUUUGCAUAUCGACGACAUCUCGCGAUGGCGCGCGUCUGGGAUUUGAUGUUGUGGUAGCUGAAGACUGUGUUGGUGAUCGGGACAUUCCUGGUGUCACUGCUGCGCAGCUAACAAAGGUUGCGUUGUGCGAAAUUGCUGAUGCCUUUGGUACUGUUGUGCAGAGCAAGGAUAUCAACUGA